CCAACACGCUGCUGCCUCUCCCACCCUCCUCUUCUUCGUCUUAUCCACUCAGACCACUGCGUCUCUCUCGUCUCACUCCCACAGACCUCGGCCGGUCGCCGUUCGUCAACAGGAGGCUCGGCGCCGCGGGUGCGUCGCGGCAAGGAGUGCAGAUCUGCAUCUGCUCAUCCCCACAAGGCCAGAUGUCUGAUGUUGGUAGCAGCCUUGGUGGCGCAGCCGGUGGUGGAGAAGAUGGCAGGGCAAUCUCUGAUGGGUCUGAAGUUCAGAUACAGGACCAGCAACCAGUCCCCCCACCUAUGCCAACAUCUCGGAUCUCUGUGAAACAUGCAGUUGAAGUCAUUCAAACGUUUGAUGAGUACAAGAGGUGGUUGGUACAAGAAAUCGGGUUUGGUGGAAUGUUGAAGUUGCCCAUGCGGCAGAAGCUUAAUCUCAAAUUCAGUGCAUGGACAAUGAGCAAGGUUAGUGUAUUUCAGCGCGCAAUUAUAUUGUCUGAGUUAAAGAAGCUGAAGUUCUGGCCGGAGGAUGUGCACAAAGUAUUUGGGAUACCUUGCGGUCACCGCUCUAUCCGGGGGCGUGAUGGUCACAUAACGCCUGAUGCAAUUCAAUUCAUCAAGAAGACUCUCGGGAUGGACAAAAAAGGUGUUCAUAGCCUGCGAGCCGCGGAGGAGUUCCUACUACGAGAUGUAUCAGAGACAUCUAGCAAGCUUGAGAAGGAUUGUUUUCAAAUUGCUUUCGUCAUUUUUGUCAUGGGACACGUGCUUGCGCCAACCACAAAGCAUGAUUAUGCCACCAUUGAUUUUUGGGGUGCCCUUGCAAACACCGAAACAAUAUCACAGUUCAAUUUGUGUGAGUACGUGCUUCAGUGCUUGCUAGAAGCUGUUAGACGUCUCAAGAAGGACAUGCUUUCAAACAAUCCAGGCACUAACCUUGUUGGUUGUCACCUUUUUCUUCAGGUGUUCUUCCUGCACAGUAUUGACUUAGGCAUUUUCAAUAAGAAGCAUAAUGUGCUCCCCCGUAUAAGUGAAUUUGAUCAGGACAGCAUUAGGAACAUGAUCACAAUGUCCACUGACAUUGGGAAGAACCCCACAUCACAUUCAAACAACAAGCUACGUGCGGCAGAAGAUGUUUGCUAUGCCUGGCAGAAGUAUCCUCAGGACCAACCCAACACCCUUCUUGCAGGCACCAACAGCGGUGGCAACAGCGCAUCCGCUGCAUGUGGCGCACAUCAGUUCUCCCGAAAUGACAAUGCAACAGUGACACCCACGCACAAUGUAUUAGAUGUACAUACACCAAUCGCACGCUUGGGCCUAUUGAUUUCACACACUACCUCCGCACACGCUAUCCCAACUUGGCAUCGGAUGAGAUCACUGUACUGCUCAAUGAACAGAAUGCCCGGGUACAACAUCACAUAAAUAUAGCUCGUGCAAACGCUCAAUUGGACAUGUUUAAAUUUGCAGAUAAACUUUUCAAUGCACUUUCCAAGAGGUGCAUAUGUAGUUCCAUUAGAGGCUUUUCUGAUUGUCCAGCAAGAGCUAUCCCAGAACCACAAG